AUGAAUAAUUUACCCCGCAUGAGGAACCUAAUUUUCAGGCUUUGCCUAUUGGUAGCAAUACUCAGCUGUGCACAUUCUAGACACACAAAAACUGUAGAAAAAAGACAGUGCUCAGGCAACAACUGCAACACAUGUAACGGCGGGAGUUGCAACACAUGUAACAGUGGAAAUUGCAACACAUGUAACGGUGGAAAUUGCAACACAUGUAACGGUGGAAAUUGCAACACAUGUAACGGUGGAAAUUGCAAUGCAUGCAACAACAAUGUUUGCUGUUCAAGUGUAAGUUGUAACCAAUGUGUCAACCAAUGUUCCAACAACUGUAACAAUAACGUAUCUUGUAAAAAUAAUUGUGUGAGUGGAUGCGUCACGACGUGCCAAGGAAAUAAUAAUUGUGCGGGGUCUUCAUGUUCCCAAUGUAUCAACAAAUGUGGCAAUCAGUGUUCCAACAGCCGAUGUGUAAACGAUUGUUUUAAAUCAUGCGACUGUACUAAUACUAAAGAAGUCAAUGAUUCCGUUGUGUUGCUUCCAUCUUCCGAAGCUUCAAGCGUAAUUGUUAACAACACUAAUAAUAAUCUCGUUAAUUUAACUACAAAUGUUAACAUAGACAACGUCGUUCACAAUUUCAAUAACAUAAGUAUUCCGGUGUAUGUGAACACCACCAACAUUAAUAAUAUCAAUUUUUCUCAUCAGUCGUCUGAAACAGGCUCACGUCAAAACUCAGAUCUUACACAACCCAUCGUGUAUCCUAUUCCUUAUCCUUAUCCCAUUCGGGAAACCAUACAAGCUCCCCAAAUUAGGGACAACUGUUGCUAUGUAUUGCACCCACGAACCUGUUAUAAUGAUAACGAAGGCAACAACAGAUGUUACAUUAGGAGAAGUCGAGAAUGUUCUAAUGCGUGUACAUCACCAGUGAUUUCAAUAGAACAAGCAACCACAACUAAUUCAGGAUGUCAACGUGUUAAUAGUUGGCCUUACCAAUAUUGUGGAAAUUAUGUUCGUCGAGAUUGUAACCAAUGUUACACCUGUGGAGGCAGCUACAACCCAACCCAAUGCUUCAGGCAGUCCGGAUGUUCGGAUGGUUGUAGACAGGCAGCACCAAACUGUGUUCCGAGCAACAAUGGACUUCAAUGUUACUAGUAAUGAGAAAUUACUAAUUCUGUUAUUGAUUGUAGU